AGUAAUAAAUAAGUAAGACAUAUUGCAAAAUCUAAUCAGUGUGGUAAGCACAGAUGCUGUAAUUAUACACCUAUCAGGCUACCUUUUGCUUUUGGUUGGAUUACAUGUUUAUUUUCUCACUUGGCAAAAACAACAACUUUAGCAGGCUAGUUAAAUUUAAUGUAAAUAGUUGCAUGGGUUCUCAAACCUUUUACAGCCAGGGACCUUUUUACUAUAGCUUCUCUACUAUGUUAAACAUGGUUUUGGAACUUGAAACAUCUUGAAAAUUAAUACAUUAUAAAUAUAUGCAUGUUACAGUAGUACAUCUCAACUUCUAUUGUUUGCAUAUUUAUCACACUUAAAUUUUUCAGAUCUACAAACUAAAUUUAAAGUACCGUAAGACAUAGAUAACCUGAAUAAACACAAAAUAUAGUUUCCAAACUAGCAUUUCAUUUAUUGAUGGAAAAAAAUUAUCCAACACCAACUUGCCCUAUGUGAAAAAACAGUUGCCUGCUUAAAACCAGUGAACCAAAUUUAAUCGAUAAUUGUUCAAUUAGACUCCAGCAAACUAGAGUGACUGCCAUUUUCACUUGGAACAGCAGUAAAUCUUCUCAGAAGUGGCUGGCCUACCAAAAUUCCUCCAAGUGCACUUCAACAACACAUCCAAGAAGUCACAAAAGAACCCCUAAUAAACGUUUAAGGAACUGCAGGUCUCACUAGCCCCAGAUAAGGUCAGUGUUCAUGAUUCCAACAUUAGAAAGAGACUUUUCAAUAAUGGUAUCCAUAGGAGAGCUGCAAGGCGAAAACCUCUGCUAACCAAGAAGAAAAUACAGGCUUGUCUGACAUUUGCCAAAAACAUGUUUGUGACCCCCAAGCCUUUUGGGAUAAUGUUCUGUGGAAUGAGUCAAAAGUGGAACUUUUUGAAAGAUGUGGGUCCUGUUACAUCUGGCUAAGACCUAACACAACAUUCCUCAAUAAGAACAUCAUAUCAGCAGUUAAAAAUGGUGGUGGUAGUGUGAAGGUGUGGGGAUGCUUUGCUGCUUCAGGGCCUCGGAAACUUGCCAUAAUUGAUGGAAGCAUGAAUUCUGCUCUUCACCAGAAAAUCCUGAAGGACAAUGUCAUUAGUCCAGAUGGGUUAUGCAAUAAGACAAUAAUCUGACGCACAAGAGCAAUCCACCUCUGAAUGGCUCAAAAAACACAAAACUAAGGUUUUGGAGUUGUCUAGUAGUCCUGAACCCCACUGAGAAACUGUGGCAGGAGCUUAAACAGGUAGGUUGUGCUCAAAAGCCUUUAUAUGUUGCUGCUUUAAAGCAGUUGUUGCUAUUAAAGGUGGCACAACCAGGUAUUCAUAUAGGGAAGGCCAUUACUUUUUCACGAGUGAUACAGGUGUUGCAUAAACUUUUCCCUCAGUUUUCAUGAGGAUCUGAAACCAUUCAGUGUGACGAAUGUGCAAAAAAUUUGAGGAAAUCAGGAGGGGGGCCAAAUACAGUGUCUUAGACACUGUUUGCAUCAUAAAUAUGUGGAAUGUAUUAGUCAUGACAUUAUAAGCGUCAUGAAUGUUUUAGCACAUGUCAUUUUUCCUUCUUCAAGACUUUUAGGUCAGCUUCCUGUUCUACUCUGAGUACACUUCCUUAUAUGAUGUCACAUCAAUCAUGUUCUUUCCAUCAAGCACUUUCACUCCAAAGGCUUUGCUAAAAUAAGUUUGCUUUAGUUAACUUUGACUUAUCAGGCCAGAAAAUUAAUGCUGCUAAAUUAAACUGUCCCAAUUUUCCUGAGGUCCAAAUAUACCCAAAUUCACCCUACAUGAUUUUUGUAGUUGUGCAUUAACAAGUGGUCAAUGUUUUCUGAUGGGAUUUUAUAUUCUAGUUGAAUGGUACGUACUUUGACCUGUAGGCUACAAUACAGUAACUCGUGCCCUCGUCACGAGGAAGUGUUACCUGUACGAACAAAAAGCCUCCUUUUUUUAUUUUAAAGACAUUUUAAAAGCGGGCAAGGACACAUAAUUAUAAAAGAGCACUAAUAUCCGAUUAAUCGGACCUGAAAGAUGAAUCAUCAUGAAGGUAGGCAGAAAGACGUCUCCGUUUGUCCGUAUUGCUAUCUGCGGCCAGUUUCUUGUGAUAUUCAGCAUCUUUCCUCUUCAGCUGGUCACCGCCUUCCCAGAGGCUGCCAUAGCAGAGCCGUUUUGUAGAGACCCGGGUGUUCCCGAGCAUGGAAGAAGAACACCAAGUUCUGGUUUGUUCUUUGAGAACGCUGUGGCCAGAUUCUCUUGUUUAGAGGGAUACAGACUAAAAGGAGCAUCCAAGAUCACCUGCGUUUUAUUUCAUAAUGGAUCAAUGGGAUGGAGACCAAGCCUUAAACCAGUGUGCCUUCCAGAUGAAUGUCUUCCUCCAUAUAUUGAGGAUGCUGAUGUUGCUAAUAAGACCUACAGGCCAGGGGAUAACCUUAUUAUCAGAUGUCAUGAGGGAUUUCAAAUUCGCUAUCCUGACACAGACAGCAUGGAAUCGGUUUGCCAAGAGGAUGGAACGUGGGACAAUCAGCCCAUCUGUCAAGGCUGCCUGCGCCCUUUGCUUCCUCCUCACAGUUACAUGAACAUCUCUGAGACAGAGUUCUCCAUGCCCAUCGGAACAGUAGUACACUACCAGUGUUUUCCAGGUUAUAAGCUGGAGGGUGCAGAAUUAGUGGAAUGCAUGUAUAGCCUCAUAUGGUCGGAUGUGCCACCCCGGUGCCUUGAUGUUGAAGCAUGUCCCUUACCUCCAAUGGUAGAACAUGGAGAUUACAUAUGCCACCCACAGCCAUGUAACCGCUAUAUCCAUGGGACUGUGGUGGAGUUCUACUGUGAUCCUGGCUAUUCUCUAGUGAAUGACUACAAAUACAUCACCUGUCAAUAUGGGCAGUGGUUUCCUCAGAUGCACAUCUACUGUGUUCUAGAUGAGACCACAUGGCCUGGCUUUCAGGAAUCAUUACUGCAUGCAUGGAAACCAGUGGCAUUCACUACCUCAAGUGUGCUGUUAGCCCUGUUUCUAGUCAUCAUAGCAAAGAUGUCCCACUGCAAAUGCAAGAGCAAUUGUAAUUCAAGUGAAGAACGAGAGGAUGCCAGGGGUCCAAACGUCAUAAUAGUGGAUGGAGUUGCCAUACCUCUACCUUCCUAUGAGGAGGCAGUCAGUGGCUCAUGCUACCAGCCCCCACAUGUGCUUCCAUCUGCUGGUCCAGGACCCACACAGACCUCAGAAGAGCAGGACCCGCCUUCAUAUCCAGGGCCCACAGAAAGUCAGAAUGAUGCUCCAUUGGACAAUGGAGAUGCUGAGUCAUGUGACAGCAUCUCAGAGCCAUCAGACUGUCUACAAGCUAUGCAUCCAUCUUCUUCACAUGAUGUUGGGUUGAGCAAUGUAUCUGAGAAGACCAAUGUGAUCACCUCCAUGGAGGAAACUGCUUCCACGAGUCCCAGCAUAGAUAUUGCUGAUGAAAUUCCUCUUGUGGAUGGUGGUGAAGAGGACUUCUGAUACUGUGGACAUCCACCGUACAAUUUUAGAUUUUCUCACUGCUGUAUUUAGAUGUUUCAGCACUCCACAUUGCUUUAACAUAGGCCCAUUCAUCUCUCUUACAGAUGGGCUGUUAUUAUAGCCAACAUUCAAUACAUUAGCAAGGCAAUAAAGGCAAUAACAACAUCGUAUGUUUAGUUCCUCCUGCUUGGAUCAUAGGGAAAACAAAACUAUGCAUUUGUAGUUAAACCAGUUUUUUUCAGUAUGAAUUUCACAUUGUUGGUCGAAUAGAGCAGUUACCAAAGGAGAAAUCACAUUUUACAUCUACGGAUUAAAAUUGAAUUCUGCUUUUAAUCAGUCAGCAGUGUCUGGCUAGUCUUCACAUGCUACAUAACAAGAGACUAUGAAAUAUACUGCUUUGAGGUACAUUAAAAAUCUAUAAAUUCUAUUUCAGCGAUGACUGAGGAUACAUUUUAAUUAAAUUACAUUAUUUGACAAAUGUGUUCAAAACAGAAGUUUUCAUUAUUGUGCUUGCUGCAUAAAAAUACAAAAAGUAUCAGAAUGAAACCCAACCUUUCUUAAAUCAUUUUGUAAUUUGUUUCAUUUGUGUAAGCAAGACCACAAUGCAUUUGGUUCUACCAAAGUCUACCUGACUUUAAUAAAUAAUAGCUGGUUCUACUUACUUAUGUUUCUUUUUUUCUGUAUUAUUAUUGCUCUCUACCAUUUAUGAGUCUCAGAGAACAGCAGCUUUAGUGAACUGAAAGAUACCCAAUUAGCACAUAUUCUAAUUAACAUACUUCUUCAAAUUUUAGGUGAGAAUACAAUCAGCCAUCAUGAAUCCUGCUACUAUGAAAGUGCAGCCAUGAAAUUGUAUAAUUUUCUACCUGGUAGAAUCAUGGCACUGAUGAUUUUAAAAACUUUUAAAAAUUUUAGCCAGAAUACACGUCUGCAGCAUUUUUUUUUUUACUUCUUAGGAACAUCUAAGAAAGAAGGCUAAUUUUGCAUAACCACUUCUCUUUCAGUAGAUACCAGUACUACUAGUAACACAUAAUUUUUCCAGAGUUUAAUGACCAGAUAUAAGUAUUUUUAAUUAUAUUUUAAUUAAUAUGUUUCAUUUUUAUAAUUUGAUGGUAAUAUUGUAUCUACAGUAACCUGGACUAAGGCCUCUAUGUGUAGGCAUAGACCUAUUAAAGAAAAUCUAUUAUGGAGCAGUGUCCAU